CUAUUGACUGCUCUUUAGCUAUGAACAAAGUCUCAUCUCCUCCACCAACUCACCUUGCAGCUUCCCGCGCCUUUCCCGUCUCCAUCGGAACGCACACGCUUCAUCUCGCGAUCUACGGCCCAGCUCGUACCUCUUCCACCCCACUCACCAUCGUCUUCCCUGGAGCCGGCGACGUCGCAUACUCCUGGCUCCCCACCGCGCGAAUUGUCUCCGCUACCACGCCCAUCCUCCUCUACGACCGCUCCGGCCUCGGCCUCAGCGAUGACCCCCCUCCGUCGAGUCCCGUCAACGCCGUUACGGCAGCUACCGAGCUGAAGACUGCGCUCGCGAAUGCUGGGCUAGAGCCGCCGUAUAUACUUUGCGCGCACUCGUAUGGCGCAAUUGUUGCACGGGAGUUCCUGGAACUACACGAGAGUGACGUGGCAGGAAUUGUGUUGGUCGACCCGUCGGGUGAGAGGCAGUCGGAGUACUUCAAGCUGCCGGACGAAAACAUCGUCGCGGUCACAGGAGCGCUGAGGACGACUGUAGUCACCGGCCUGAGAGCUGAUACAAUCCUUACUCCACUAGAGUGGGCUGAGCGAGCGACAUUAGUUCGACGAGGUGUAGACGCAACGAUGAAGGAGGUCGGCGCGUUCGUGGAGGUUUGUGAGACAUUGGGGAGGAAGAGACAGCUCGAGCGGAGAUUGCUGGGGACUAAGCCGUUAAGUGUCAUCAAGGCGAAUAGCAAGAGAGACUUUGAGCGGAUCUAUGAGAAGGGAGUAGAGGUCGGGAAUGGAACGCAGGAGCAACAGCGAGGGUUCCGCGAGCUCUUGGAUUCAUGGGAUGAAGCCGAUAAGGUGAUCAAGGAAGGACAACUGCAGCUUUCGAGCAACGCCCGGCUGAUUCAUCUGAGCGAUUGUGGACAUUACGUUCAUCUCGUCCGACCACAGGUGGUGGCGGAUGAGAUUCGGUGGGUGUCGGAUAAUCUCGCGGCAAGCGGUGAUUUCAGUCGUCUUUGAAAGUGAACUUAAAUUCUCCUCUCUUUGCAACAUCAUAGGGUUCAUUUUACAGGUGUGUGUCUGAUCUUUCACAUGUCUUCAUCUCUAUUCCUUCAUCGACUCGAACGAUUGUGUGAUGCUACGGCGUCCGGGUCGGUCUUCAUUCUUCUUC